ACUACGUAUGUCUAGUCACCGAUUACCUCGUCACACAAUGUUGGCCGAAGUAGGCUCAGGCUGGAAAAAGGUUCGAGGUGGCCAGACUGAAACAUGGCACGAAUGUAUGAAGUGUUUGACUGUUGGUUUGAGCCGUGUUGGGGUCAGCGGGACACGAGGAACCGCUAGUGGUUGUAGACCGACUGUAGGUGAUGACAUGGCUGGGAACCGAUGUUAGUGGUGCAGAUGUAUCCCCACACACAUAUUACCCUCAUCUUAACGAUGCUAUACCGAAUCUCACCAUUUUGUCCUUCUUCCUUUUUUUCUUCUCGUACCUUAUAUUUCUUUUGAUUGGGUUUUCUUAUCUUUAUCUUUCACCCCAUUGCGUUUCUACUUGAUGUACUGAUAUGAACUGUGUCAAGUUGGAAUGUUACGCAGUGAUGCCUUGUCCUAUGUUGAUAUUAAUGAUGACUAUUACUGUAUAUAUGUAUAUUUCGAAAAUCUUUCACUAAUCCCACUUUCUGCCUUCAUCUCUUCCAGUUACUUUUAACAUGGUUACAGCUGUUCAGCCAAUGUUUGGUCUAUUGAAACGACUCCAUUUACAUCCAAUGGAAAAUGCUCUAAAUGAAUUAAAUCCACAAACUUCACUGUUACAAUCAAUAAAAUUUAGAGCUCAACCAUUUCUAUUUCCUAAAAGUAAAUCUGAAGAGAUACAAGUUGUACAGGACAGUUGUACAGGACACAAAAGACAAUCAUCCUAUUUGCCCAACUCAGAUUUAAAGGCUGUCAAGCGUUCUCGUCGUACAACUAAACUGUCAGAUAAAGAAUUAAAUUAUCUAGAGGUGAAUGUGAAAAGUAAUUAUUAUGAAAGUCCAACCGCUUUACAGUAUACCACUUUGACUAAUGGUCUAACUCCAUCGAAUUUACAGCUUUUCUCAUCCUCCACAUCUAUUAGUUCGCCUAAUGUGUCUACAUCAAGUGUAUCAAAUAGUCGACGUAGUUUAAAUUCAUCUGAACAACCAUCAAUUCUUUCAUCUACUAAAGGAUUAUGCUCUUCUUCAAAUUUAUUACAAUCUACUAAUCAAUAUGAAUCACAAGUUACUGUUGUAUUUCAAAGUAAUUCUACUACAGAUAAUUGUCAAGAAAGUAUAUUCCUUAGUAAAAAUGAUUCAUUACCAGAUGAUGAAAAACAUUUGGAUAUCACAAAAAUCCAGUCACUACGUGAACCAACUUCAACACAGAUACGAUAUUUAACUCGUUCACAUAAUACUCAAAAGUGUACUGUAAGUUUACUCUCUCGACGAUGUGAUAAUUGUGAUGAUGAGAAAUCUAAUAUCAGAUUAAAAAACAAAGAAAAGGUUACAGUUGAAUCUAAAGCGCCUAUUGUUGAACCUUCAAUACAUAGAUUAUCAGAUGGUGAAAUUUCUACAAAACCACGUACUCGAAGAUCAACACAAUUUCUACAGUCAAAUUCACAGACUACUGAAUCUUUAUGCACUGAUCAAAAAUCUGCAUAUCUAACUUCUCAAUCAUACUAUUAUGCACCGAAUUUUGCUGCUCAUCGUCCACGUUGUCCAGAAAUCAGUCAACUUUAUGAAUCAGAACCGAGGGGAACACAAAGAAUACCAAAAUCUAAUAUCUUUAUCGAAGUUCCUAGUUGGCGUGUUAUACCUAUCCCUAUCACUGGAAAUAAUCUUGACUGUUCUUGUGGAAGGAAACAUUCUACAUUGUGUUCCAAAAAUCAACAAGCUAAUCAUAAGUUAACCGAUACAGACAAUCUGAAAUCGCAUAAUCUUCGUACUGUACGUUCCAGUUUACUGACAAAUAAUUCUAUGUGUACAAAUGGAAAUGAUACUGCUUCGACAUUAUCUAGAUUAAGAAGUCGAUCAGGAUGUUUGAAAACACAAAAAUCUCAUUCACAAACAAUUGGUGUUUUAUUCGAAGGGGAAGAAACAGAGGCAGAGAAUAUAUCUGAUGCAGCAUAUCUUGCUCGUCAUUCACGCUUAGAAGUGGAAGAAGCUCGUCGUGAACGUUUAUCCCGUCAGCGUACAGCUGAACAAGAGCUGAAACAACGCUUAGAAGAAAGAGAUCAAGCUAGCUGGCAUAAAAGGCAGUCUGGUCGUUUGGAUCGAUUGUUGAAGUUCCAGCCAGCUAAGCGAAUGCCAACCCACUUGAACUAUACAUUUAGAGAAGUUCAUCAAUUUCAUUUGGAAAAUUGCAUACCUGUGAUUGUAUUCGGUUGUCGUGUACCAUCAGCAUCAUUAAUACCAUUCACAAAGUCCAGUUAA